AACCCAAACCCAACAACUAAUAAAAGAGCUUGGUGAAACAAAAACAGUAUUCUCAAAAGAAGAAACCUAAGUUCCUAGCUCACAAUAACAAUCCAACUUAUAAGACCAUCCAGCUGCUUUCCCUAGCCUUACACCCCAUCGCUUUGGAGGUUACCCAUGAAGUUCCAUUGCCAGCCGCAGAACAUCCUGUUCUGCACCAUCUGAGAGUUGGCAUCUACAAUUUAGCCCUUAAAAGCUUGACGGAUGCUAUGGGUGGAGAUUCAGGCAGGUGAAAAUUCGCACAUGCACCACUACCUCUCAGUGACAUCAACGUGCUGGCACCUCCACAUAUCCCCAACCUGACCCCCGAAAUUGGAAAAAAAAAAUUCUUUAAGCAAAACACGUAUCACGAAACAAAACAAAUGGAAACCCCGGAUUGGGGGUGGGGGUGGUGUGGGGGCACGCGCUCGGGCAAUAGAUUUGUCCACCCCACCCCCACUCAACGAACAGACGUCCCGGGCUGCUCCCGCAGAGAGGCGGUAGUACCGGUCAGAACGGGAUUUUGGAGGCGCCCGAGCGGCGCGGAAGAUGGUAGCGUGGUGCUCGGUGCAGGGGUUCAAGCCCGUGCCGUGGCCUGCGUGGGAGCCGAGUUGUGGCAACACCAGGGGCACCAGCUCGGCGACCCCCGAGUCCCAGACACGGAGCUAAGGUCUCAUGGCAGAAUGGAGGGAUCUCAUAAAGCUACUUCAGAUACUGGGUGCAGGUAUUUCUUUGAUCAGUUGAAACCUAAAACAAGAAAAUGGAAUAAAGGAAUCUGUGAGGACAAGUUUUCCCACUUAACUGCAAAUUAUGGUGAUGAAGAUCUAGCCUGGAGCCUUGGAAAUACUAGUCAUAAAAAGGAAAAAUCGAAAGAACAGAAGAAUGCCAGAGUGGUUACAGUAGUUUUAACUGAGGAAAAUGAUGAACCCCAUUCUCUUGGUUUCUCAGAAUCUCCUAGUGUGCUCAACCUUUCUUCAAAUCCUAAAGGCUCCAAAAUGCACUGGCAAAAAAGCCUAUUUGAAGAAUACAAACUAACUGCUCCUGAAAUACUAUAUGAACUUGGGAAAUCAUUGCAGACACAUGCUGAGUACAAAAUGAGUAUUCCUGUGGGGAUUGUCAAUCUCAUGAAUUGUAGUUGGCAAGAUCUUAUAGAAAACACUUAUAAAUGUGUAUCAACACCAACAACACUAAAGCAAGACAAAGCGUUGCAAGGAGAUUCCAGUUCCAAUACCAUCAUUGACUCAAACAACCUCAAAGUCAACAACAAUCCCAAAGAAGAAUUUCAUAAGGAAAAUCAUCUGGUUAAAGUAAAAAGGCCCCAUAUUGAACCAAAUAAAUCUUUGGGGAAAAUGUCUUUUGUCAGCAAUAGCCAGUCUUCCCAGAUGUGCCAGGAAAGCAAUUUCUCUGCUGUCAUCCACUUCUCACUGUCGUCCAAGAUCUGUUUAGAAAAUGGCUGGAUCUCCCAUCGUCCUUACUCAAAAUUGGAAAUUCUACAAUGGAAGACACUCCUCAGUGCUGCUGUGAAGAGACUACAAGUAGCCAUAAUUCAAAUAAAAUCAGAAGAAGCUAAGCUUAAAAGAGAAGGAUUCAACAAACAACUGAUUCUGCGCCAUUAUAAUGACCCAGAACAAGAGGAGAUCGAAAGUUCCCCUCAAAGUUCUCAAAGCUUCUUCUGGCUGGAGCUGCUGGAGAAGAGGCCUCAGAUGCCUACUGUCAGAGAGCCUGACCCAGAAAAGAGGAAAUUCCAUUAUGCCCUGGUAGAUGGCUCCUCUCUGAUCUACUACCCAUCUGGCCGUCUAGCUGUCUGCCAGAGUUAUUCUGACCUCCCUUGGGGAGGCAUGUACACCAACAUAUUCAGUGACUUGCCAGAUCCUGUUAUCUUGGGAACCUUUACACCUUUUGGAUGUGGUAGUAUUUCUUUUCCUAACAGGAAAAUAAUAGCAAUGAUGUUUAAUCAGAAUGGAGGCAUGGUGACAAGCAGAAAUGGAUACAUUAUAAGAGAAUGGAUGUGGCCUUCAAAGGGAAAACUUGAAGUUCCAGUUGAAGUUGGGGUGAAUAAUUUCAUCACUGUGAAGAUUUCUGGGCGCUUUGCCAUUACUUUGGUCUACAGAUGGCAUCCCAAAAGUUUGAAGCUGUCUCUGGCACCUGUAAAGCACAAAUCUUUGCCUGUAUGUUUAGCUGACAUGCCCACUGGUUCAGCAGACCAACUGAUUACAAGCACUAUUGAUUCAUCAAUGGAUAUAAGCCCUAUGCAUGACUUGGUGACAUCUAUCAAACUCAGAAGGCUACAAAGAAAGGCCAAGCACAUCUUCGCUCACUGGCUGAAUUACUACAGAUUUUCACUGGGAAUGGAAUUAAUAAACCUUUGCAAAACACCUGAGUUGCCACAAAAAGUGAUAAUCAAACGAAAGGACCCUUUAACAACAGUUCCUCUGAAACAAGAUAUAAAUGAAAGUUUUGAGAAUAAGGAGUACCUUCAAAGUCGAUAUACCUUCCGACCAUUGAAGAAUGUCUUCAAGCUUUCAGCUCCUUGUCGUAUUCAGAGGGCCUUAGCUAUCAACCAGACCUCCCGGUUUUCUCUUCCCAAUGAAAGUAAGGACUCAUGGUUUGGUUCCCUGCUGAUUUGUCCUGUAGUCCUAAGGCAACUACUAUGUGGAAAGGAAGAGAAUACAUGCCGAUGCAGCCCUUGCAGCAUACCUGAAGUGACAGACCUGGAGUAUGAUAACCUUAUAAGCAACCAGCUAGCCUGUACAGAUCAGAUCAUAAUAGUCUAUGUAUUCUCAGCUAAGGAAAAUGACAAGCAUAUAGAAGAGGUGACUAAAGUAUACAGAGAACUAAACAGAUCAAGAACCAACCCUUGCACUAAGAGUCAUUUGGAUCCCUUUCGGUUGCUAAAAUACAACAUCAUGUCAGCAACUAGAUUUACAGGCAGCGAUUGUCCACUUCUGGUUCAAAGACACAAUAUCACCCCUGGCAUUUUUUUGAUGUACAUUCAGGGAAAAUUAGUCUUUGCCAACUUUAUUUUCAAUGGCUAUAGCACAUCUGCUAAAGACCUUCAAAAACAAAUUGUGAAGACAAAGAAUGAUUACCGUAUGGGGUAUUUUCUUCCUAAAGACUAUAGGAUUGGGGCUUAAUCUGCUUUAUGUCUUGGAAAUGAAGACACAUGUCUCUUAAAAAACGGAAGAAAUAUUACCAAUUGGUAUCCUACUCAAAUACAAAAAUAUAUACAAAAUGUGAACUCAAACGACUGGUUUUAAUCAGAGCCAAAGAAUUAUGGUAUUGAACUAACUUAAGGGAAAGUGAAGUAUGGAAACAAAAUGGUCCUGUUUGCUAUAGAAUUCUUCUAUUUGGCAAACAGGUGUUCAGUAAUUUCACUGGAUUGGAGAGAGCAACAUAUUAGGUGCUCAGUAAUAGAUACCACAAAAAUCAUGCACUAAGUGAAAAGUCACUUCUUCAGGUUUUUCUGCUUCAUCUACUUACUUUUACCUUGUAGACAUUUCUAAUGAGCUUAGUCUUCUGGUCUCCAAAACCAAGGCAGAUCAGAAGGCACACUAUGAAGGUGGAGAAAGGCUACUGCUCAUUACAAGCUCACUUACACAAUGAUACAAAUGGAGGAAUCAGAACAACUAUCAAAA